AUGAAGAUCUUGAGCUGGAACUGUCGGGGCUUGGGGAGAACCCCAACAGUUCAUUCGUUGGUUCGUCUCUCCCGGGAAGAGAAGCCGAUGAUUAUUUUUCUGAUUGAAACGAAGGCUGGUAGGGAGAAGAUUGAACGAUUGAGAAAGAAAUUGCGUAUGCAUGGCUGCUUCUCGGUUGAUUCUAUAGGCGCUUCAGGGGGUUUAGCACUAUUCUGGAACCACUCUAUCACCGUGGACAUUUUAUGCUCUGAUUCCAACAUUAUCGAUUCGAAGGUGACACAGCAAGAUGGUUCUACCUUUUUUAUGACCUCUGUCUAUGGAGCUCCGGUCAGAACUAGAAGGCAAGAUGUGUGGAAUCGAUUAAUUCAAAUUGGUGGAGGAUGGCAUAUAGAUUGGUUAUGCUACGGUGACUUCAAUUCCUUCUUGUCUUGGCAUGAGAAGCAGGGUGGCAAUAGAAUCGGCCAGAGAGAUAUUGAUAAUUUCAAAGAUUUGGUGAACACUUGUGCGUUGGUGGUCAUUGGCACACAUGGACCUUGCUACACUUGGAACAACAAGAGGAAGGGUAACUCCAACAUUAGAAUCAAAUUAGAUAGAGCUAUGGCUAAUGAUGCUUGGAGUUCGUCAUACCUAGAUGUUGCUGUGUUUGUUAAACCUGUGGCUAUUACUAAGCUUCAGGAGGGUCCCCCCAGGGAUGACUAUCAGAAGCAGGAGGAUUGUCUCAUUUCUUUUCUUAAUGAGGAACUGGAUAGGGAGGAGGAACUCUGGCGUCAAAAGUCUAGAGUUGAUUGGUUGCAGCAGGGCGAUCGUAACACCAAGUUCUUCCAUUUGACUACCAUUCAGCACCGUAGUCAGAACAGAAUUUUGAAGUUGAGGGCACCCGAUGGCGGUUGGAUUCAUGAUGAGGGGGAAAUUUAUGAUUUGAUGAUUGGGUACUAUCAGGAGAUCUUCAAGUCCGAGGGGUUAGAGCCCUUGGCUCUUAACCAGGUGCUCACAUCCAUCCAACCGGGGGUAAACGAUGACAUGAACUCUCUUUUAUGUGCCAUGCCAACCAUUGAUGAAAUGUGCAUGGCCUUGUUUGCUAUGGCUCUGCUUAAAGCACCUAGCCCGGUUGGGUUGCCCCCGGUGUUUUUUCAGAAAUAUUAG